AUUGCAGGCAUCUGCUGGCUAGCUAAAAUUAAAGGAACCAUGGCUCAGUUUCCAACAGCUUUUGGGGGCGGCAUGGAUAUCUGUGCCAUUACGGUGGAAGAAAGAGCAAAACAUGACCAGCAAUUUCUUAGCAUUAAGCCGGCUGGAGGGCUGAUUACUGGUGACAUGGCCCGAAAUUUCUUUCUUCAGUCUGGAUUACCUCCACCGAUUCUUGCACAGAUAUGGGCCAUGGCUGAUCUGAACAAUGAUGGGAAGAUGGACCAGCUGGAAUUCUCUAUAGCUAUGAAACUAAUCAAACUGAAACUGCAGGGUCACCAGCUUCCCUCUGCACUGCCUCCCAUCAUGGUACAAGCACCAGCAGCACUGCCUCCAGCAGGAUUUGGUAUUGGAAGUGUUGCGACAAUGGGAGGUGUACCACCUGUGCCAAUGGGGCCAAUGCCAGUCGUGGGAAUGUCGCCACCAUUGGUGUCUUCUGUACCUACAGCUGGAGUGCCCUCACUACCCAAUGGAACACCUGCUAUGAUACAGCCACUACCAGCCUUUGCUCAUCCAGGAGCCACUUUGCCAAAGAGUUCUUCCUUUAGUCGCUCUGCAUCAGCCACUCAAGCAAAUGCAACAAAAAUGCAAAAGGCACAGUCAUUUGACAUGGGAAAUGCAAAUGCUCCACCCUUGACGACUAGUGUCGAAUGGGCUGUCCCACAAUCGUCCAGGUUGAAAUACCGACAACUAUUCAACAGCCACGAUAAAACUAUGAGCGGACAUUUAACAGGUCCUCAGGCAAGAACUAUCCUAAUGCAAUCAAGUUUACCACAGUCUCAAUUAGCCUCUAUAUGGAACCUUUCUGACAUAGAUCAAGAUGGGAAACUGACAGCAGAGGAAUUCAUCCUGGCUAUGCACCUAAUCGAUAUGGCUAUGUCAGGACAGCCUUUGCCUCCUGGGCUGAGUCGAGAACUAAUUCCACCGACAUUCAGAAGAGCACGUUCUGGAAGCGGAAUGUCGACCGGAAGCUCAGUGGGCUCUGACCAGAGGGUACCCGAGGAACCGCAGGAAGAGGAACCGGAAAAGAAACUGCCUGUGACGUUUGAGGAUAAGAAGCGGGAGAAUUUCGAACGGGGGAAUCUUGAGCUGGAGAAGAGGCGGCAAGCUCUCCUGGAGCAGCAGCGUAAGGAGCAGGAGAGGCUCGCCCAACUGGAGCGAGCGGAACUUGAGCGCAAAGAGAGGGAACGGCUGGAGCAAGAGAGGAAAAGGCAGCAGGAGCUGGAGAGGCAGCUGGAGAAACAGCGAGAGCUGGAACGUCAUCGAGAGGAGGAGCGAAGAAAGGAGAUUGAAAGGCGAGAGGCUGCAAAACGUGAACUCGAGAGGCAACGGCAGUUGGAGUGGGAGCGAAAUCGACGGCAGGAACUUCUGAACCAGAGGAACAAAGAGCAAGAAGAUAUCGUGGCCUUGAAAGCAAGAAAAAAGACCUUGGAGUUUGAACUUGAAGCUCUCAAUGAUAAAAAGAACCAGCUCGAAGGAAAGCUUCAAGACAUCCGAUUUCGUCUCUCAACUCAACGACACGAGAUUGAGCACACUAACCAGACGCGAGAGUUGAGAAUUUCUGAAAUCACACGUCUACAGCAACAGUUGCAGGAAUUUCAACAGAUGCUCAGCCGGCUGAUUCCUGAGAAACAGACUCUGAAUGAUAAACUGAAGCAAGUCCAACAGAAUAGUCUGCACAGAGAUUCCAUUCUUUCUAUGAAAAAAUCUUUGGAAACCAAAGAGGUGGCACGUCAGCGCCUUCGCAAUCAACUGGACGAAGUUGAAAAGGAAACCCGGGCCAAACUCCAAGAGAUAGACGUCUUCAAUAACCAGUUAAAGGAUUUAAGAGAAAUUCACAACAAACAGCAAUUGCAGCAACAGAAGGAAGUGGAGCUUGAAAGGCAACAACGGAAAGAACAGGAACGAAGAACGGCAGAGAUCGAGAGACAGCACGAAAAAGAAUUGGCCCAGAGUGCUCCGAGAACAGACAGCAGUGUUAGAAGCUCAGAGAGAGGCAGUCUGCAGGCAGUGAGCAGCAUGUCGUGGAGGGUUAGCCUCGCAAUUCUUUUUCGAGAGCGACUGAACUACUUCAGUAAAUUGUUUAGGUCUGCCCAAGAACGUGAUAAACUUUGGCAGGAACAAGUGCGGAAAGAUGACGAGGAACGACGCAGGAAGCUCCAGGAAGAGGAAAAGCAGAGGCAGGAAGAAGUUUCUCAACAGAAAGAGAUCGAGAACAAAAGUAAACAGGAGAGACGGGAAAUAUUAAACCGAAUGUUCCAGCAACAUCCAGAGCCACCGAAAGAGCAAUCUCAGUCAGGCUGGCAGGCAUCAGACAAACCGAGCCCUGUGAAUAUUGAUCAAGAUGGUGUUAAGGUGGUGUAUUACAGAGCAUUAUAUCCAUUUGAAGCUCGGAGUCAUGACGAACUAACUAUUCAACCUGGGGAUGUAAUAAUGGUUAAAAGGGAAUGGGUGGAUGAAAGCCAGACCGGGGAGCCUGGCUGGCUCGGAGGUGAACUGAAAGGAAAAACAGGAUGGUUUCCCGCUAACUAUGCGGAGAAGGUGCCAGACAGUGAAGUGCCUCCCAAUUUGCAUCCAGGACCCAAGCUCACGGGAAAGAUCGCCCCCCAUACUGUGGCUGCCAGCGUGGCUCAGCCAGCAACGGAGUCUACCUCCUCCUCCUCCUCCUCCAACUGGGCAGAUUUUAGCUCCACCUGGCCCACAACCAGCAAUGAGAAAAACGAGAGCGAUAACUGGGAUGCCUGGUCUACCCAGCCUUCACUCACUGUGCCCAGUGCAGGACAACACCGUCAAAGAUCAGCCUUCACCCCCGCAACAGUCUCCGGAUCCUCUCCCUCUCCUGUCCUGGGGCAGGGUGAAAAGGUUGAAGGGCUUCAAGCACAAGCACUGUAUCCUUGGAGGGCUAAGAAAGAUAAUCACCUCAACUUCAACAAGAAUGAUAUCAUCACAGUUCUAGAGCAACAGGACAUGUGGUGGUUUGGAGAAGUUCACGGACAGAAGGGCUGGUUCCCCAAAUCUUACGUGAAGCUCAUUUCAGGACCCGUGAGGAAAUCCAUCAGUGUGGAUUCUGCAUCUUCCGACAGCCCGCCGAGCCUGAAGAGGAUAACCACAUCACCGUCAAAGCCAAUACUCCCACCACCACCACCACAGCCAGAAGGGCUUUGCAAAGACGAGGUCUCUUCGCCUCGACCUCCCUCUCUCCCGAGAAAAGAUUCCUCCUUGAGGGUUCCCUGUCCUUCGGAGAUUUUGUUUGCGGCUUCUGGAGGAGAAGAAUACUUGGCCAUGUACACCUAUGAAAGCAGUGAACCGGGAGAUUUAACUUUCCUGCAAGGAGAUCUGAUCAUUGUGACAAAGAAGGAUGGAGAUUGGUGGUCAGGAACUGCUGGAGAUAAAACUGGUGUCUUUCCUUCCAACUACGUCAAACAAAAGGACUCUGAGGUACCUGGUCAGGCAGGAAAGACUGGAAGUCUUGGAAGAAAGCCAGAAAUUGCUCAAGUGAUUGCACCUUACACAGCGACAGGCGCUGAACAGCUAACACUAGCUCCCGGUCAGUUAAUUCUGAUUCGAAAGAGAAACCCUGGAGGGUGGUGGGAAGGAGAGCUUCAGGCUCGAGGGAAGAAACGACAAAUAGGCUGGUUCCCUGCCAAUUAUGUGAAACUUCUGAGCCCUGGAACAAAUAAAAGUACGCCAACCGAUGCUACGAAACCUCAAUCAGCCACUGCAUUGUUCCAAGUGAUCGGUAUGUAUGACUACAUCGGGCAGAACGACGAUGAACUCGCCUUCGCCAAAGGCCAGCUCAUCAGUGUCCUCAACAAGGACGAUCCCGAUUGGUGGAAGGGCGAGCUGAACGGGGUCACGGGUCUGUUCCCAUCCAACUACGUCAAGCUGACCACGGACACGGACCCCAGCCAGCAAUGGUGCGCUGACUUGCAUUUGUUGGAUAUGUUGACCCCUUCUGAGAGGAAGAGACAAGGCUACAUUCACGAGCUCAUUGUGACAGAAGAGAAUUACGUCACUGAUCUCCAGCUCGUCACUGAGGUCUUCCAGAAACCGCUGCUAGAAUCUGAUCUGCUGACGGAGAAAGAGGUCGCCAUGAUUUUUGUCAACUGGAAAGAGCUGAUCAUGUGCAACAUCAAACUGCUGAAGGCUCUGCGUGUCCGGAAGAAGAUGUCUGGGGAGAAGAUGCCGGUCAAGAUGAUUGGCGACAUCCUCACAGCUCAGCUCCCCCACAUGCAGCCGUACAUACGCUUCUGUAGCUGUCAGCUCAAUGGCGCUGCCCUCAUCCAGCACAAAACCGAUGAAGUUCCCGAAUUCAAGGACUUUGUGAAGAGACUAGCAAUGGACCCGCAAUGUAAAGGGAUGCCCCUGUCGAGUUUUUUACUGAAGCCAAUGCAGAGGGUGACCCGUUACCCCUUAAUAAUCAAAAAUAUCCUAGAAAACACCCCCGAAAAUCACCCCGAUUACAGUCACCUGAAACAGGCCCAGGAAAAGGCCGAGGAACUGUGCUCCCAGGUGAACGAGGGCGUGCGGGAGAAGGAAAAUUCCGAUCGGCUGGAAUGGAUUCAGACGCACGUUCAGUGUGAAGGUCUAUCUGAGCAACUUGUUUUUAAUUCCGUCACAAAUUGCCUGGGUCCGCGUAAAUUCCUUCACAGCGGUAAACUGUACAAGGCCAAGAGUAACAAAGAACUGUACGGGUUCCUCUUCAAUGAUUUUCUGCUGCUAACGCAGAUCAUUAAGCCGCUGGGCUGCUCAGCAACGGAAAAGGUCUUCAGCUCCAAGUCGAACCUCCAAUACAAAAUGUACAAGACUCCCAUCUUUCUCAACGAGGUUUUGGUGAAGUUACCCACCGACCCCUCUGGGGAUGAGCCCAUCUUCCACAUCUCCCACAUAGACAGGGUUUACACCCUCCGAGCUGAGAGCAUCAACGAGAGGACUGCCUGGGUUCAAAAGAUCAAAGCCGCUUCGGAACUUUACAUAGAAACUGAGAAAAAGAAGCGAGAAAAGGCCUACUUGGUUCGUUCACAAAGGGCUACCGGUAUUGGAAGGCUAAUGGUAAAUGUUGUUGAAGGCAUCGAGCUGAAAGCGUGCAGGUCGAAUGGAAAGAGCAAUCCCUACAGCGAGGUGACCAUGGGCUCUCAGUGCCACAUCACGAAAACCAUUCAGGACACUCUGAAUCCCAAGUGGAACUCCAAUUGUCAGUUCUUCAUCAAAGACCUGGAGCAGGAUGUGCUCUGCAUCACAGUCUUUGAGAGAGACCAGUUCUCCCCGGACGACUUUUUAGGACGCACAGAAAUCCACGUGGCCGAUAUAAAGAGGGAUCAGGGGUCCAAGGGUCCAGUUACGAAGCGCUUGCUCCUGCAUGAGGUUCCCACGGGUGAGAUCGUGGUUCGCUUGGACCUGCAACUGUUCGACGAAACGUAAGGGCAGCGACGCAGGUCAUCCGGGCCCCGUCGGAGAAGCUGCGACUUGAUCGACCUUCACAUUCCACUCCCAGCUCCGUGUGAAUCUGGACUCCCCGACCCCCCCGUCACCCAAACCACACGGCAAUGAAGGCCGAACGUCUAUUCCAAGCACCGACCGGAGUCUCCUAACGAUGGCUCGG